CCCCCAUCAGCAGCAGCAGGGUGUGAGAUGAGAUGAGAUGGCAGAGCUUUCAAACUGUGUGCCCAGUCAAGUGGAAUGCCCUCGUUCUGGAGGUUUCCGCUGUCAGAUUCCGGGCUCACCCGGGGGCCUGUACAGUAUAAUGCACACUCCCUACUCAUAACGAAUUGCGCUCUGUAUGGCUGUAGAUACCCGGAAUGAUGCGGCCUCGGGAGAUUAUGGUGAAGCUAGCUAGGUCUGGUCCAGACCGAAGUGCGGUGGAGUCAGAGCACAGGGUCAGUCAGUCAGGUCCGACGAGGACCCCUUCCCCUCCCUUCCCUUCCCUUCCUUCCUUCCUUCCCUUCCUUGUGGUCCGAGCACAGAGUCCCCGAUCUCUUAAAGAAGGCGAAGGCAUUAAAAAAGCCUUUGAACUUUUCGCUGGCGUUAAUCAGAUUGACAUCAAAGUCAAAAUGAGUUGGAUCGGGCAUGUGGUGCGGUCAGAGGUCGCAGCGGCGCAGGGGAGAGUCGAACACAUCAUGCUUCAGCUCCAUGCUCUCGCCGGUAUGAUUUGAAGAAGGAAGGGGAUGGGCAGAUGAUGUGGGGUCUACGGCAGAGUACCGCUCGUCGUUGCGCCCCUUUCCAUACGGUGCUUAAGUUAGCCGAUGGCGAAAGUAACGAAUGGCAGCCGCCGCUGCGCUGUGAUGUGAUCAUAUCCGCUUUUCGCUGAGCCAGAGUACAAUGUACUGGGCGGGCUGGGGCUCGCCUGAUAGGGAUGAGAAUGAAAGUCAAAGAAGUACAAGCGUGUGGGACCAGAGUACAUAUAACUAUCGUCUACCAUGCUCAGACGGACCUGAGAGCUAGCUUGGCGAUUCUUUACAAGAUUCGUUGGGACACUGAAAUCAGGUGUCGAUCCGCUCUCAUCCACCCACUCAUCGCUCCGUCCUCUGCAUCAUCAGGUCAGGCCGGCCUCGAUCUCAUCAUCAACUUGGGCACACCUUUAGAUUGAACCUCGGGUUCUGUACUCUAUUACUGUAGUCCAGACAAUGCACUUCUGUAUUUCAAAAGGAGGGAUGAGGAUCCAGCCUUCAUGGCCAUGGCCACCCAACAGCAGCACCGAAGCCUACUACUAUUGCUCGCAGUCAGCGUUUGUCCUCUUGGUGCAGGCCCCCGGAUGAGUAGGAUGCCAUCUUCCUGCAACAAAGUCGAGAGUCUUUGGCAUCACUCCUUCCUCCCCCAAUCCUUAUCUCAGCUCCCACAUCUUCCAGUGUACUUGCCUCAUGCUUUCUCUUUUCCGCAGCAGCGUUCAGUUCUGAGCUUCGUACCGCAAUCUUUCGAAUCUGCCUUGUUCCUCCUCAACCGUUUAUAACGAGCCUCUGAUGAGCUAAUGCAUAAAUGUGAAGCCCAUCUCUUCCUUUCGUACUGCAAGGCAGCGGCGACGAAUAUCCUCCUCCUUUUAUUCAUAUAUAAAGAGAAAGAGGAGGUGCUUUUUCCCCUCUCAGAGAUCCGCUACAAGGCCUUCGGUAACGGGACAUGGCGCAGACACAUCACCGCCACGCUAGAAUAUCAGCUUGGGAAUUUGAACAAAGCUGUGGUGUG